AUCAAGUUAUUAGUAUGCGCCUUCGAGGGGGUUAGCGUAACAAAGUCUACUGUCAACACGGACACAGAAUUUAUAACUUAAAAGACCGUAAAACUAUGGGAAUUCCAAAGAUUUCAAACCUAUUCCUUGCCUUUUGUUUAGCAGUUGCUUCUGGGAACAAUUUACAAGAUCGUUUGCCAAGCAUGUUGAGGUUCGAGCAUACGCGAUUCACGUUCCAAAUCAAAGAGAACCAUGGCAUUGGAUUCACUAAAGGGAUAGUGAAGGCUGUUGGCUGUGGGAAUAAAGGAGUCAGUUACACCAUACGAGAUAAUUCCCUCUUCACUAUCCACCCUGAAUCUGGCAAGAUAGCCCUAGGAGGAAGACUCAACUAUACAAGGAAUACCCAACAUACUUUCGUCGUUAUAGCCAAUGCGAAUAACGGAAAAUGCAAGAACCAAAAAGCUAUAACCUGGGUUAUUUUCAACGUGUUACAACACAAUCAAUAUCGUCCCCAUUUCAACGAGGAGAAAUAUUUUUGUCGUAUCCAGGAGGAAACCGGUCAUAUUAAGAUCUCCCCGCAAAUUAGGGCGGCUGAUAUGGACCCGGGGCCUGCAGGAAUGAUUUCACAGGUGCAAGUGAGGGAAAGCGAUGAACCUUUUGUUCUUGAACUCGAGCAAGCAACAGGCAUCGUGACUGUGAAACCAGCACGAGGAUACAAGUUUGAUGCAUCGCGUAUGGCUGCGUACAAAUUUUCAUUGCAAGCCUGGGAUAAUGGUGCUCCGCCGAGGAAUUCACCACCAAUCAAGAUCCACUGUCUAGUUGUGCCACAGAACAGACAUUCUCCUGUGUUUAAGAAGAAAAUGUACGUCGGUCGCGUGCAACAGGGCAAAGUGAGCUCGAAUAUUGUUCAGGUCAAAGCCAAAGACGGUGACACUUACAAAGACUUUGGCAAUAUUUGCGAAUAUUUCAUUCGCACAUCCGACAUGCCUUUCAGCAUCAACAACAAAGGUGUGAUCAGUUUGCCAAAACCUUUGGGUAAUGAUGCUUCUGAUACCUUUGUCUUCACCGUCAUGGCCAAGGACUGUGGAGGACGCAUCUCCGAGGAAGCUACCACAGUGAAUGUUAUCGUGGAUAAGGACUGUACUCCAGGUUUCAUGGAACUUGAGAACAAAUCACCUGAACUGAAUGGCUGUGAUGGCAUGGUCCGAAUCACACCAAAUAUUCGCCUCAAUAUGUGCGGCGAGAGCCGACAGUACGCCAACUUCUCCGCGCGGGUUGAAUUGGAGACCGCUCAUGUCCUAAAAGGCUGCGACAGAGAAACGUACGAAGCAUCGGGUAUUUUCAAAAUGUGCAACGUUAACAGGACUAUGGAUUUGUUGCCGGCAAAUUAUCGUGAGGAGACUUGGUUGGGGAGAACUAUGAGAGACGACUUUGUUAUAGGUGACAAUGUUUAUCGUUUCGACGAUAAGACAGCCAUUGAUGUUCCGUCAUUCCUCCUGCAGUACACAGGAAAUGAAAACAUGACAAUAGCGACAUGGAUUUGGAUGCCGAAGAAAGAUCAACAGCAAUAUAUACUCUCUGCUACGGACCCGCAGCGUCUGGACCGAAAACACUUUGCCCUGUACACUGAAGAUGACAAACUUGUUUUCAUACAUCGUCAAGAAUCCAGUGCUGGUUCUGAAGAUAUCUGUAAGUCUGUCUUCGUUUGGAAACCAGAUAUAUUCAACACUCGCUGGCAUCACGUGGUCGUCACGGUGAAUGGAUGUCAGACUGCAAAACUUUAUGUCGAUUCCAAACAAGUUGCUCUCGAAAAUGAGAAGGAGAACUGGCCGCUACAUGGGACAAACAUGGCAAAGCGUGUUACGGUUGGUGCUCGCUGGUUAGGGCGGGAACAAAGGUAUGGCGACUACUUUGAUGGAUACCUUGGUGGAUUGAGUGUGAACUUUGGGGAACAGAUCGAUGAACAGGCUAUCAACUGCGUUUACGAAUGCAAAGAACAGAUUAAGAUCGACAGUCCAGCGCCGAGCGGUUUCGAGGUCACACAAAAGAGUCAAAAAGUUAUUGAAAUCAAUGGCCGGGGAACACCGGAAAACUUCGAAAACAUUCUUCGAAAUCUAGUCUACGUUAACACCCGACGCUCUCCGACCAGUGGCCGUAGACCAUUGCAGAUCAAAACUACGAUAAACAAUCAACCGCUGCCCAUGCUUAAUCUGGAUGUUCUCGUCUCGGAUAACGAGAAAAGAGCUUUGAAGUUAUCUGGAGGCGGCCGGAAAGUAAUAGAUCUGAAAGACUUACAGAAGUAUGGAAUUCUCAUCGCUAAGAAGUUAACGAUCACUGCCGACAAAUGCUCGAAGUAUGUCGAUUCUGCUCGAGUAGAAGUCGAUCCACCUUUGAGCAGUGAUGAGGCCUUGGUUAAUCCUGGACCCCUCGUGGAUCUUCUGAAUCUUUGGAAGGACAGUCUUCCCGAUGGGAAAGGUUUGAUCAUCAGGGGACUUGCAACGUUAGAAGAGUACAACAUGGUACUUCGAGAGAUGGUGUUUGUACACUUGGGCUUAGAAGACCUUCGAAAUCCAUCAACAGUGGUUCGUCAUAAAUUCAAGAUAACGAUAUCUAACCUCAAGAACCGCUUCGUCAGCAACGUCCUGCAAACAGAAUUGACCACGGACAAGACAACUCCACAAUUCGACAUGCAAGCUUUGGGUCGGCAAGAGCAGGAAGCAUUACCAGGAGCAGUUGAGGUGGACAAAGAACAGCAUGAAACACACGAACAGAGAAAUUCAUUUGGCGUGAUGAUAGGUGUCAUCGUCGCUGCUUCCUGCGUCUUCGUCUUCAUCGUUCUCGUUGUGGCUGUCCGCAUGCACAGCUCAAGAAAUGUCUACGUAGAUGUUUCACAGAAGGAAGACGAAACUGCUCCUGAAGGCGAGAGCUGUGAACAGGAGAAGAUGAACGUUACGAUGAAUCCUCUGGAGAAAUUCGACACCGUAGAGGAUGAAGCAGGAUCUCAAGGGGCAACCAACCAAAAGACCUUGGAAUGGGAUGAUGCUUACAUCGCCUAGUGUACCAUAUUACCCACCAUCUACUCAUGGUCUCCCUUGUAUGUCCACUUGGAAGUUUUCGAACCUAAACUAGCUUAGUAUAUACGCGUAUAAAUAACGCGAAAUAAAUGUAGACUUUUUUAACAAGCACAGCACUGUAGCAGUGUAUAACAGUAUAGCCAUUUUUGCACAUGUUGGUAUAUUACAUUCAUAGUUGAUCAGUAAUAAUGGUGAAGCUUUUACCCUAGAUGUAAAAAAUAUUCUUAAAAAGUAAAGGAGAAAAUUAGCAACACCUAUGUAAACAUUUUUUGUACUGAAUAAGAAAGAAUUUGAGUGAAUUCGA